AAAUCCGCGGUACAUCUCACGAGAAAAACACAGAACUCGCCGGCAAAAAGACAGAGGCUCCUCCUCCUCCUCUCCCCUCUCGCUCUCGGCUCCUUCCCUCCCAUGGACUCGGCGAACGGCGACAACAUGGCGGCCGGCAUCAUGCGGCUGCUCAUGCUGAUGGCGAGGGGCCCCUCGGCCGCCGACGCAAUGCCGGGGGCGGGCGGCGGGCGGGUGACGGUGCAUCACUUCAUCCUCAGCGGCGACGGCGGCGACCUCUUCUCCGGCGAGGUCGGCGGCGGCGUCCCGCCGGCGUCCAAGGCGGCGAUCGCCUCGCUGAAGGAGGUCCAGGCCGCUGGGGACGGCGAGGGCUCGCUUGGCGACUGCGCGAUCUGCCUCGACGCGUUCGGGGCCGGCAAGGAGAUGCCGUGCGGGCACCGCUUCCACGGGGAGUGCCUGGAGCGGUGGCUGGGCGUGCACGGGAGCUGCCCCGUCUGCCGCCACGAACUCCCCAAGGCGGAGCCGGCGGCCGAGGAGCAGCAGCAGCAGAGCGGCGACGGCGAGAGGCGCGGGCCCAGGGGCGCGGUGCUGGUCAGCAUCGUGACGCUGCGGGGAGCGGAGAGGCCACAGCAGGUGGAGGAGCAGAGGGAGGAGCCGAUCAACAUCAGGAUCGAGGACGUGGAUUAGGAGUAGGGUUAGGCUUCCAAUUGGUUCCGAUUGGUUCGGUUCAUGGUGGCGGCGGUUUACUUUUUCUUCAUCACCUUCUUCGUUGUACAUACACAAGUUGCUGAAGAGGAGAGGAGAGGAGGAAUUGGGGCAAAAUUGUGUACAUAAUUGCGGAAGAUGCUGCGAUGUCAAUGAAACUGAAUUUUCUUUUCUUCAGAGAAA